UUUGAUGUGCCAUUUAUUUUACGAAUUAGUGAGUAAUAGCUUUUCAGGUGAGUAAAAAUAGUAAAAUAUACCUUCACUUUCAGUGAAACAGGAGGGAAAUUCCCCGAAGCUGGUAUAUUCAGCAUAUUCCUUUACCUCAGUUCUACUAUAGGUUUAUCAACAAUGUUUGUUAGGUUUUUAAUAGUCGAUGAACUAAACAGGGGCUCUGAAAAAGCAAUCGACGCUCUAAACAAAGCUUCCAUCAUCAUUGGAUUCAUCGCUUUGAUGGGAAUGGUCAUUGUGGCUGCCUAUCCUGUUACAACAGCUUCCACAGAUGAAACUAGCAUAGGAGCUGUGCAUGGUGUAGGUGCAAACGUUUUGUUCAUCGGAGGCGUUAUCUAUGCCGCAUUACAGACAUCGCUGAGCUUCAAAAUGUCUCCUUAUUACAAUGGAAGAACUAUUUGCUAUAUUAGAUUAGUUAUAACAAUUCUGAGUGCCUUAUCUCUCAUUACAAUGACAAUAUUAUUGCCAUUUGGAUUUCAAAACUGGAGCUCUGGCAGCCAUGAUCAUUGGACGGGAUCAAAAAUGCCUUAUGACAAGGGUUUCGGUCUACUAGUUGCGAGUUCAGUAGCAGAAUGGCUGAUGGCGAUUUUCUUUUUGGCUUAUUACUUUACAUUCAUUCGAGAGUUUGGAAAAGUUUUUAUCCACUUAAGGGUACAGCUGCUUGUUAACCAUUUUGAUGAAGAGCCUCAUGAAGGAAAUAUCGUAGUGGCAAGUGAACGUACUCCAAUUGUGACGUAAAAAAAUCUCGUGAACAGUAAAAUAUUUUAUGACCUUCAGCACCUUUAUACAUAUUCAGACAAUCAAAAUUUUUGAAAGAAAUCAUUAUGCUCCUCCUAAGAAUAUUUAAAAUAAAUUCCAAGCCUACUUAGAAUUUGUUCAUGACUGAAAUGUAACUAUGUAAAUCAAUAUAAUUAGUAAGCAAGCAAAAUAUAGUUGACCAUUGAAAUACGCGUAUUUGACUUGCGCAGCUUACAUAAUUUUUCAAUAUAUGUGCUUUGAAAAAUCGUUGCCAGAUUUAUAGCAAUAUCAAAAAAUUAGUAGAUUUAGUAUGUAAUCUAGAAGCUUAAAAAUGUUUAAAUUAUUUCUAUCAUGAAUGCAUAAAAUGUAUGCAUAUGUUAAUUUAUUAUAUAACUUACUACCAAAUAAUAAGUAAUACUAAUCUGUCGCAAAAGGUUAAAUUUACUAAGAUGUAAGCAGAGAAAUAAUUUCAGAUUUUAAUGGCGUUAUUGGGAAUGACAGAAAUGUAAAAAGAAAAAAAAAUACCCCAUAAAGUAAAUUAUAUUUGCUUAAAAUUAACUACAGUAUGUACUACUGUGCUCCUGUAAUAAUUCACAGGCAAAUCCUGCUGUUGCUAGUACUGUUAAAAUGUUGUGAGCAUCUGCUUGAAACGCUGUAUUUCAAUGGUCAUUUUUGCCUGAAAUUUCAUUCAUUCAGAAAAUGAGCAUAGAUCUCCUGCGUUGUUGAGAUUUUCCCUCUAACCUAGUGUAACACUACAAACCUUAAAUAAUACGAUAACGGCAUUAUUGUAUUAUUUAAAGUUACGAAUAACACAAUUACGAGCUGUUUCUGGUUAUGAUGGCAUUGCUGCUAAGAAUGAAAGAAACUCUGAAAAAAAGAGUUAAAUUGCUUUAAAUGAACAGUAGUUUGAUACAAAAAUGUUUUCAUGAGUUUGUCAUGAAUAUGAAUGCAAAGCUGUACGCCAUAAAAUUUUUACAACGAAUAUUCAUUAGUAUAUAAGUUUUAAAACUAAUGUUCACCAGUAUAUAAGCAAGGUCACUGAGACUACAUUUACCUUGCUAUCAUAAAACAACCAUGCUGCAGUUACAUUGUUAUCAUUGCAUAAAUUAUUGUACCUGUAAAUAAAAAUUAUUUUUUUACCUUUAUAA